GUGUAGUGUAGGGAUAGUGGAGCGACGGUCAAAGGGAGUGAAAGUAUCAGCCCUGACAUCUGGACUGAAAUGAGAUCGCUGUGAGACAUGGUGGCGGAACAGACAGUGGAGCUGAGAAACAUGGAGGCCAAACUGAGGGACAGUGAGAAACAGGUGGAGGAGCUGAAGACCAAGAACACUGGCCCUAACCAAAGGCUCUAAUGAUUUACAAAACCCCAUACUUCAAUUAGUGAACAUCCGUAAAAUUGAUGGAGGCAGUGGACCAGCCCGCUUUCGUCUGAUGAUGAGUGAUGGACAACACUCAAUGUCCUCGUUCAUGCUCUCCACCCAGCUCAACCAAAUGGCUGAGGACAACCGACUAGCCCCAAACUGUAUCUGUCAGCUGAAGAGGAACGUGACCAAUGUCCUGAAGGAUGGACGCCGUGUGGUGGUCAUAUUGGACAUGGAGGUGGUGAAGUCUGCUGAUGAGGUGGCUGGAAAGAUCGGAGAGCCCACGCCUUACGUGGAAGGUCAGAGUAAAGCCCCACAGUCAGCCCCCAAUCCCUCAGUCCACCCCCUGCAGCCCCAGAAUGGAAUUGAUGGCUCCAUGAACAAAGGUCCCAGCAGAGAGUUUGGGGGGAAGAAGGCCAUGCCUCCGUCUGCCAUGCCCAGCACUCCUGGGGGAUCCUCCAAAGUCGUGCCCAUCGCCAGCCUCAACCCCUACCAGUCAAAGUGGACCAUCCGAGCCCGUGUCACCAACAAGAGUGGCAUCCGCACCUGGAGCAACUCUCGUGGGGACGGCAAGCUGUUCUCCAUGGAGAUUGUGGAUGAGAGUGGAGAGAUCAGAGUGACUGCCUUUACCCAGGAGGUGGACAAGUUCUACAGCAUCAUUGAGACUGGCAAGGUGUUCUACAUCUCCAAGGGAUCCCUGAAGAUUGCCAACAAGCAGUACUCGUCCCUGAAGAAUGACUAUGAGAUGACCCUGAAUGGAGAGUCCACCAUCAUCCCCUGUGAGGACACCCAGGACGUACCCAUGGUGCAGUGCAACUUCGUCUCCAUCGCCGACCUGGAGGCCCGAGAAAAGGACACCAUUUUGGAUGUGAUUGGAGUGUGUAAGAGCGUGACCGACGUGACCCGCCUCACCACCAAGAACAACCGUGAGGUCUCCAAGAGGACGCUCAACCUGAUGGACCAGUCUGGUAAACUGGUGGAGGUCACCCUGUGGGGAGAGGAGGCAGAGAACUUUGAUGGCUCUGGGCAGCCCAUCUUGGCCAUCAAAGGGGCCAAGCUGUCGGACUAUGGGGGCAGAUCUCUGUCUGCUUCGUUCAGCAGCACCGUCAUGAUCAACCCCGACAUCCCUGAGGCAUACAAGCUGCGGGGCUGGUAUGACAAGGAGGGCCACUCUAUGGAUGGCCAGUCUCUGACGGAGGCGAGGACAGGUGGAGGAGGAGGAGGGAACACCAACUGGAAGACCCUGGCUGACAUCAAGACGGAGAACCUCGGACACGGAGACAAGGCAGACUACUUCAGCUGCAUCGCCACCAUAGUGUACAUCCGUAAGGAGAACUGUCUGUACCAGGCGUGCCCUAGUCAGGACUGCAAUAAGAAGGUGGUGGACCAGCAGAACGGCAUGUUCCGCUGUGAGAAGUGUGACAAAGAGUUCCCCAACUUCAAGUACCGACUCAUCCUCUCUGCCAACAUAGCAGACUACGGGGACAACCAGUGGGUGACCUGCUUCCAGGAGAGUGCUGAAGCCAUCCUGGGACAGAACGCUGCUUACCUAGGGCAGCUCAAGGACUCGAAUGAAGCUGCCUUCGAGGAGAUCUUUCAGCAGGCCAACUUCCACACCUUCGUUUUCCGCAACAGAGUCAAGCUGGAGACCUACAAUGACGAGUCCCGGAUCAAGGCGACGGUGAUGGAGGUGAAACCUGUGGACCACAAGGAGUACAGCAAGAGACUCAUCAUGAACAUCAGGAAGAUGGCUGCCCCCCAAUAAGAAUGCUUGCUUUGCCCCCUUGACUACGUACAAGCUCUUCCCCUUGAUUUGAUCUACAGCCACAGCACUUCACAACCUGCCAGACUGACUGUGAACCAGUCCUAGGCUGUGUCCCAAAUGGCACCCUAUCCCCUAUGUAGUGCACUACUUUUGACCAAAAGUAGUGCACUACUUGGGGAAUAGGGUGCCAUUUCAGACGCAAACUAAAAGUGUCGCUCUGCUAUACUUAUUGUUUUUGAUUUAGCUGUGUCCGUGUACCUCUGUUACCUCUGUAAGUCACUGAACUUUGAAUAUGUUGAAUGUACUGGAAGUUUGGUUUUGUCUUUUUGGACCAACCAGUAAUCUUCAGAGAGUGCUGCUGGGGCAGUAUUAUAUCUCCCUGUGUUAUGGUGAUGGGUGGAGGGUGACUCUUCUGAAACUGCUGACAUUUUGGGUGGUGGAUAAAAUGGAACCAGAGGGAUUUUGGAGACGUAGGUAGGGAGUGAUGGAGACGUAGGGAGGGAGGGAGUGAUGGAGACGUAGGGAGGGAGGGAGGGAGUGAUGGAGACGUAGGGAGGGAGUGAUGGAGACGUAGGGAGGGAGUGAUGGAGACGUAGGGAGAGAGGGAGUGAUGGAGACGGGGAUGGGACAGUCUUAACCACAGAAAUCAUUGCUGUGUGGCGUGUCUUAAGUCGGCCAGCUGUUAUUGCAUGGGUGUGUUGUAUAAGCAGAGGGGGGUCUGUGCUGUAGCUGUAGCUAGCGCUCUCUUUCACUCUGUCACUAUGCCUGGCCUGGACCUGCCCAUCCCUGAUAAGAGCAGCUAUUCCUGUCCUCUCUCUCUCUCUCACACACACACAGAGCAGGCAGACUUGCGGGAGAUGUGCUGUACUGUAUUUAUGUAGAUACAUGGUUUAACUUUUGUCAUUAUUUUCAUUCCCUCUUAAGUUAGAAUAGUUUGGAGAACAAUAAUUGGCAUUUUUCUUUACAUCUAUUUGGUCAAUUGAUUGUAUACAAAUAAACCUGUUUGUGAUCAAAAGCGA